UUCUGUUUUCGUUUUCGUUCGUAGACACGACACCCAACUGUCACUGCACUGUCAUAAUAUUUCGAGGUUAAUUUUAGGAUAACAUUUUAUUUGUGCCCAUAAAUAGAUUCUUUUUAACUUUUAUUGUGCGUGCUAGAAAGUUUAAAUUCAUAUUUAAAAUGUCCUUCGGAAGUGACUGGAAUAAAAUGUAUCAAGAAAACAAACAUCCAAAACCAAACUUCUCAUCUGCUUUUGGGUUAUUAUCUCAUCUCGAUGUUGAUGAAUUAAGAGCUUAUUUGAAUGACGAAGACAAGUUUGAAAGUAUGGUAAAGGAUGUUAAAGAGUUUAAGGAAAUAGAAACUGAAAAAGAAAUGGUAUUGGCAAGCAAUCGCUCCUUGGCUGAGUUUAACCUGUCAAAAGAGCCGCAUCUGAAAAAGACAAAGCAAGAAAUUCAACAGCUUAGUGAGGAGGGAGAGCAGCUGUUCAACAGAAUAGAAGCUAAAUCUAAAGAGCUUUCUCAAAAAGGAUCAAACCAAAGCCUAGAAACAACUUUGGCACUUUUACAAACUGCCGCUUCUGAAAUGGAAGAGGAGUCUGAGGCAUUAGCCUCAAAGCUUCUGGACGGCACCCUAUUUGUUGAAGGAUUUCUAGAACAGUUUUCUACUCAUCGCAAGUUGAUGCAUUUGAGAAGAGUGAAAGCAGAUAAGAUGACAGAAAUGGUCGGCAAGAGAUCAUCUGUAUCGUCGGCACUUCACAGUUCAGGAUCCAACUUCUACUCCCCACCACCAGCAUUGGCAGCUUACCCCAUGGUGCCAAUCAUGCCUAUGCCCUCUAUGUAUACUACACCUAACCAUUUCGGUUGAAAAAUAAGUAAUAUGUAUAGCGAAAAAAUUAAACUAACUUUUAUUUUUACGGAUUUUUUUCGAGCUAUUUUAAUUUUUCAUGUUCAGAAUGGUUAAUUAUUGUAUUUUAGAUAUUGUGAAUAAUAUAUUUGAUACAUAAUAAUAUUUUAACUAAUUUAUAAAACUAUAGAUACAUUUUAUUAUAUUACAAUUUAUUUAUUCAGUUCAAUUACAUUUUCAAGUAAAGAUCAGAAUAAUUAUUGUCCUUUUCUAUGGUUCCAAAAAUAACUAGACUAGAUAUAACCACUAAUCAAAAUCUGGUUAUAAGCACCUCGAUGGUGGGUAUAAAUAAGGAAAACAUAUUGGAGUGUGUGCUUUAAUGGUUGUUCUAAUAUUUAAUUGUAUAUAAACUAUCUAUUAUUGUCUAUUAUUAUCUAUCGAUUAUAAUGUUGUCAAAAAAUUAGCUUAUUUAAAAUAAAAACUCGUUCAAACACGCUAUUAAUUGUUAUUUAUAAUAUAAAGCAAAAAAAUAUCUGUCUUAACUAUAGAUGAUGUUAAUCUCAAUGCCACAGUAAAGCUACAUUAUAGGUUUAUAGUACCUCUUCAUUGUCUGUCUAUGAAAGAAACUGUUAAAAUCAAAUACUGUAUUUAUUUAUUUGUAAUAUGUACGUACUAUGAAUGGUGUCAGAUAUUAUUUCUAAGAAAUACCCCCGCCGCAGCAAACAUUCAGUUUAAGCAAAUUUCAAUUUGUCUAUUGGAUUCAUACUAAAAUAUCUCCAUAAAAAGACAUAUUUUAUCUCUUAUCCAUAUAUAAAGCCCAAAGUACCCAUGAACUUUUUAGAAAACUACUAGUCACACCCCCAUAAACCAUAUACUUAAAAUGUUUGGCAUGAUAAGUAACUAUCCAUUAUUUCAUAAAUUACCCUUUAAGGUCGUAAUUGCUUUCCAAAGGGAACUUUCGAUAUACCUAAUGUUAAAAAUACCUCAGCUGUACUUAUUUGUAUGUUAUUCUUUCAAUUUAUUACCUUAUUAAAAUCAGGUGUGAUUAUUAGCUUCUAUUGUAUUCUGCUUUGUUUAUUUCAGCUUAACCUAUUUAAUUCUUUUUGUCUAUGACUUUACCAAUCAAUAGUUUUAUUAAUACAGUACUUAUGAAGUCAAACGGGGUGAAGCCCGUGGGUAACAGCUAGUUUAAAUAACACCAGAUUUUACGGGUACCAGUUUGCUGGUAUGGGGAAGGUAAAAAGAGUUUUUUUACCAAAUUUUAAUAGUAUAAGGUGUAAUAAACAAAUUUUCCAUAUUUGAUUACCUAAACAAGCAAACUAUAACAGUUUACUUACUCUCCAUAAAAAUAAAACAGGAAUUUUAAAUUUACAGUUUUUUAAUUUUCUCCAUUACUAAUAACCGUACAAAAACACUUUAAUAUACUAAAUUAUUUGUUUUUUAAGCUCUUCAUCAUUUUUUAGAAGUAGGGAAAUGUUUUGUUUUGAGGGUCGAAAAUGGGAAAAACCCAUGGUCCAAUUAUGCGGCUUUGCGAACUCAUUCAAGUUUGAAGUCAAGUCAUGAAAAUCGGCUAAAAAUUACUUGAGUUAUCGUAUUCACGGACACACACACACAAACACACAUAUAUAUAUAAACAUAUAUAUACCUCUGGGGACAUAAAAAUGGAAAAGUAAAUCGGUCCCAAACCUAGAUCUUACUGUGCCACCUACCGUAAUAGCUACUUUUCUAUGGGGUAAAUUGGCUGAUAAAAAUAAGUAGAUAAAUUAGCCUUCUAACAAUAUUACAUCUAAAUAAAGCUAACAACGUAAUUUACUUUAUUAAUUUCAAAAUUCAAUAAUUGAGUAACAGAUUUUCUUAAUAAUAAUGUUUUUACAUUUUUCUUGAAUUUGUUAAUCUAUCGAUAAGAGACUAAUAAUUUUUAACAUGAAAAAUAAUGACACAAACAUUGAUUAAAUGAAGUUCAGUAUUUGACAUGAAGUAGGCAAACUGAUUAAGAAAAUGUAUUGCUUCACAAACACACUCCAUUAUUGAUUACAUUUAAUUUCAUAGUACUAUUCUCAAAUCAUUGAGAAAUUUGAAAUGUGUUGGAUCAUUAUUUGUAAAUUUCAUGUAGGAAGAUCAUUAGUGUGCUGUAAAUGAUCUUGUACAGGUGUUAUGAACUGUAGAGUAGGGUAUUUGUAAAUUUUCAUAAUGAGGUCUAUACAAUUGAAUCUAUUAUGUUACAAAAUCAUAAGUUUAAAUACAAUUUUUAAAAGAUUCCUUACUUAGAGUACAAUCGUGGUCUUCUGGUGACAACAAAGUCAAAGACGAUGAAACACUAACACUCACCGACAUUUUGGCCUCGAUACAGAGUGCCAUCUUCAAGGCGACUUGACUCCACAAAGAUGAAAAUCAAGUGUUGUUGAGACUUCAUUUUUCAUCUGUGGGGAGUCAAGUCGCCCUGGGCACUCUGUGUCGAGGCCGAAACGUCGGUGAGCGUUAGUGUUUCACGGUUUUUGACAUGGUUUUUGACAUAUUACUGUUAAAAAGUUUACAAUUAUUAAGCUCUGAUUCAGCUUGAGAGAUAAAAUCAAUGUUCUAACAAAGAUCAUAAAAAAGAUUAAAUAAAAAAAAAUUAUCUUUGAUUCUUAGUUUCUCUUUAGUAUGAUUUGAAUGUCAUAGAUUUUUUAUUGAACUUGUAUUGUAGUUCAUUACGUUAAGAUGACAUGUAAUUUGCCAUGUUUUGUAUUGUUUCAUUAA